AGAUUUCAUUCACUGAGUGGCCGCUCCAUGGAGAACAACAGGCUACCUCCCUCUGUCCUGUGAUGCUGCACAGCUAUGGGACAAAGGAAACAAAAAGCCCCUAUGAAUCCAGCUAUCUAACAAAGAGCCAUAAAAGCAACACCUACAAGGGGUCAUAAAUUAGGGGAGUACUGUAAAGACAUCACCUUUUUGUUAUUUGUAUGUUUCUUUUUUAUUAUUAGAAACUAUUUAUUAAAAACAGUUCACACAUUAGACAAUAUUGUGAAGUGUUAGGGGGGUGAUGUUCAGCUGUAUCCAGUCAUGAUGUCACCAGUGGCCAGUGGCUUGUAAGAAUAUUUUGGAGCUAAGGUGACAGAGAGGAGCUGCUGUGAAUGGCUAUGUGGAACAAAACAUGCACAUAACCAGAGGGGUUCAGUCCGACCCAGUCCCACUGGCAGGGCAGAGUCUUUUCUCCAGCAGCAGUUCCACUUUGCCCUCAUGUGGCACUAGUUACUGACCGACUCUUCAGCACAGAAAGGAGCCACGUCUCCAGCUGCGACAUGACUUCAUCGGACAACGAUGAGAUGGGGAGUGACCUGUCUGAGUCUCUGGAGAUCCGUGAGCUCCAGGACCAGUACAUGGACCCAGAGACCUGCUUCAAGUCCAAAAGCUUACCCAUCCUGAAUGGACCCUGUCAGCCGGAUCGCAAGUCUGCGGAGACUCGGCUGGUCAACACCACCCACACCUGUGUGGCGGUGGAGGAGGGCAACGAGCUCCAGGCAAAAACCCCAGACUCAAGCCAGGCAGAGACUCCCUCCUCCAGGACAGACUUCUCCCCCUCUGCCUCCAGCAUGGUGGGGCUCAGCAGCUCAUUACCUGUGGAGGGCCACAGGGCUGCAGGUUCGGGGGGUAAAAAACUUGGUUUCUCUCUCACCCGCCUUAUCCGCAUCCCAGCCAGGAAGUAUGUGCGGGUCAUCCUAAGAGACUCUCGCUGCUUCCUGUUCUGCAUGUGCUACCUGACCUUCAUUCAGUCCCUGAUGGUUUCGGGCUACCUGAGCAGUGUCAUCACCACCAUUGAGAAGCGUUACAGUCUGCGCAGCUCUGAGUCUGGCCUGCUGGUCAGCUGUUUUGACAUCGGCAGCCUGCUGGUGGUGGUCUUCAUCUCCUACUUUGGGGGCAGAGGUCAGAGGCCGCGCUGGCUGGCUGUAGGUGGUGUGGUCAUCGCUGUGGGGGCAGCAUUGUUUUCCCUGCCCCACUUCAUCUCACCACCGUACCAGAUUCAGGAGAUGAACUCAUCAACGGGGCGUGAAGGCCUCUGUUUGAGUUGCAACAGCAGUGGGCGUGAGCUCGACGUGGCAUCGUGCCCUCGCGACCAGGAGGGCAAUGAGCACAACCUGUAUGUGACUCUGUUCAUCUGUGCUCAGAUACUUGUGGGCAUGGGGUCCACGCCAAUCUACACCCUGGGGCCCACCUACCUGGACGACAAUGUGAAGAAAGAAAAUGCAUCUCUCUACCUGGCCAUCAUGUAUGUGAUGGGAGCCCUGGGACCUGCAGCUGGCUACCUGCUAGGAGGUGUCCUCAUCGGCUUCUACGUCGACCCCAAAACUGUAGUAAACAUCGACCAGAGUGACCCCCGCUUUGUCGGCAACUGGUGGAGCGGCUUUCUCUUGUGUGCCAUAGCCAUGCUUCUGGUCAUCUUUCCAAUGUUUGCCUUCCCCAAAAAGCUGCCCCCACGCCACAAAAAGAGGAAGAAGAAAAAGAUUGGCUCGCCAGACGACGUGUCCAGCGACGACGAUGUGAUGAAGGAGAAAUCCGGCAGCAAGGGCCAGAAUGUCUCCUCCUCCAUGGGCUUUGGAAAGGACAUCAAAGACCUGCCCAAGGCAGCCCUGAGGAUCCUCAGCAACAUGACCUUCCUGUUCGUCAGCCUGUCCUACACAGCAGAGUGCGCCAUCGUCACUGCCUUCAUCACCUUCAUCCCCAAGUUUAUUGAGUCACAGUUUGGUAUCCCCGCCUCCAACGCCAGCAUAUAUACUGGUGUGAUCAUCGUACCCAGUGCCGGGGUGGGCAUCGUGCUGGGGGGCUACAUCAUCAAGAAGCUGAAGCUUGGGGCCAGAGAGUCGGCCAAGCUGGCCAUGAUAUGCAGCGGCGUGUCUCUGCUCUGCUUCUCCACACUCUUCAUAGUGGGCUGUGAGAGCAUCAAUUUAGGAGGCAUCAACAUACCUUACACAACUGGUCCGACCCUGACGAUGACCCACAGGAACCUGACGGGCAGUUGCAACGUCAACUGUGGAUGCAGGAUCCAUGAGUACGCUCCGGUCUGCGGCUCUGACGGCAUUACCUACUUCAACCCCUGUCUGGCUGGAUGCAGCACAGUGGGCAACGACAGCACUGGGAUUAGAAACUACACAGACUGUGGCUGUGUGCAGAGCAGACAGGUCAUCACUCCGUCCUCCGGCGGCCAGGUCAACCAGCUCCAGCUGGUCAUCGUUAAAACCUACCUGAACGAGAACGGCUACGCUGUGUCGGGGAAGUGCGACCGCACCUGCAACACUCUCAUCCCUUUCCUCAUCUUCCUCUUUAUCGUUACUCUUAUCACCGCCUGUGCCCAGCCCUCUGCCAUCAUCGUCACACUCAGGUCUGUUGAUGAACAGGAGAGGCCUUUUGCUCUUGGGAUGCAGUUUGUCUUGCUCCGAACUCUUGCCUACAUCCCCACGCCCAUCUACUUUGGUGCUGUGAUCGACACCACUUGCAUGCUGUGGCAGCAGGACUGCGGCGUGCACGGCUCCUGCUGGGAAUACGACGUCACCUCCUUCCGCUUCGUCUACUUCGGCCUGGCCGCCAGCCUCAAGUUCGUUGGCUUCAUCUUCAUCUUCCUCACCUGGUACUCCAUCAAGCACAAGGAGGAUCGGGCCGAGCGCUGGCGCCAGCACCUGCCUCCGCUGGGCACCGUCAGCGAGCUCAUCUGCCACGCUGGAGGCCACAAAAGCCACGCGCGCACCCGCUCCUGCCCCGUGUUCAUCCCGCCCCGGCCGGACCCGCCCGCCGCCCUGCUGCUCAACCGUGGCCACAGCAGCCUCAGCUGCCCCGGCAACGCCCUCAAAGCAAUAACCCCGCCCAUCCUCUUGCCGCAUCACCACAGAGGCUUCGCACACGUCUGAGAGCGCUCCAAGCCUCCCUCUGGGGUCCAUUGUGACUUGUGCCUUCCUGUUUGUGUUUCUGCGCCACACAGUGUCUGCUUCACACCAAUCAGACGCCAGGCGGGGCUCCACAGCUGCUGUAGGACUGACAGGCAGAGACACAGGUGCGGCCACCAUAUUUAAAGGGCUGCUCGUUGUUGUUUAUAAUAACAGGAGACUGACAGAUUUGAUUCUGAGCAUAUCAUCAGCUGCAGCCACACACAGCAUCCACACUGAUGCUCAGACCUCCACGCGACGGUUGGGACGAUGUAAAGACAUCACAUGGUGCUACUGUUAAAGGGCAGGGCAUUAAAAUCUCUGAACAGACAGAUGAGUCAUCAUCAACACGGCCUCUAAAGCACAACUGAUAAACCUGUACUAUGCAAGAUCCAGUGUACAGCUCCUCCCUCCUCAGUACUGUACAGCUCCCUCUGUAUUACACAUCUGUACCUCCUUUUCUCCCCCUUUCAUUCUUACAUGUCAUCGGCUCAGCCAUAACCCCAUCGUCCCUCACAGUCUGAGCUGUGAACAUAUCAGCAACCUCUCCUGUAUUCGAGCCAUUCCACCUGCUCUCCUGUCUGGUCUUGUUCGGACCUUCACAAUUUAAAAAAACUGGGAUUUCUAAAAAUCCCCUCACCUCUUUUUUUUUUUUAAAUUCCUUUUUCGUAACAGUGCCUCUCAGGCUGCCUCGGCCAGUCCAGUAUACAAAGCUAGCUACCAGGGUACACGCUAGCUACCGAAAAGCCAGUCACUGUCCUCUCAGUUGAGCGACAGUAUCCUGCUUCGUUGCCCUCAGCUUCUGUGUUCGGUGGACGAAGCUCCUCGCCUUGGCAAGGUAACCAUGUAGCUUAAAGCCGACAAGCACCAAUGGUACAGCGACUUCUAUGAAACCUAUGUGUCAUCACACUACUUUGUUAUUACAACAUGUAAUAAUCAGCCUCACGGCGAACAGGAGAACGGAACAAGAAAGGUUAUCUCAUCUCUGACCAUGUGCUGAAGCUACUGUAUGUCCAAAAGAUGUGAUUGUACUUGUAACUGGAAAUGUGACAAUGGAGAUUUUAAAGAAUGUUUGCAGCAAAAUUUGAACCAUUUUUAAAACACAACUUCCUCAAAGUGAAACAAAUUUGUAUUUAACAAAAGGAUGCAUCAUUUUGGCUUUACAUUGUAAUGGCUUCUCCAUUCUAAUGGUCAUCAGAUGUACAUAGUAGUUAUCUUGUAGUCUAGGCUUUUAAGAAAGUAGUGCAGCAAGCAUGUGAAACUAUGAACCCCCCUUUUAAUCAGCGAGAGUAAUCUGAUGUUGAUCAUUCAGUUCCUGGGUGUUUGGCGCCCUCUAGUGGACAGAGAGAAGAUUGUGUGAAGGCCAGUGAAUGUUGCUGUUUGUCAGACCUACUGUAUAAAGCUCUUGGUUCAAAGGUUAAUUAUUUAACUUGAUCACUGCACUGAAUUCAGCACUCCAGUUUCCCAAAGAUAAACCUAGUUUGGUGGUGAAGUCUACAAUAUUCAGAAUAACAGAUGCCAUUUUUUUUAUUGAUUGUAAUUUUAUUUUACUUUCAUGUUAUUAAGUAUCUUAUGGAUUUACCUUCCAUUGAAUAGGGGAGGUGAUGUUUGAGAAAUGGAAGAGGUGGUUUCCAUGUUUAAAAAAAAACAACUUUUGUUCGAUAUCAUGUUUUGAAAACCACAUUUUCCUGAAGGGGAAUAUGAGAUAAGUCUAAUAAAGUUAUUGUAUUUUA